AUGGCGUUCUUUGGUAAAAUUGGGAAGUUACUGAAGAGCUCUGCUGUCAAGCACAUCAAUCAUGAUAUUUCCAUGUCUACUCCUUUGGCAUUCCAAGCGAUUAGAUCUAUGUCAUCUGCAAAGCUUUUUGUUGGAGGAAUUUCAUAUAGCACUGAUGAUACCAGUCUCCGAGAACAUUUUGCUCGCUAUGGGGAAGUUGUUGAUGCAAAGGUUAUUAUGGAUCGUGAAACAGGAAGGUCCCGAGGUUUUGGCUUCAUAACUUUUACAACAAGCGAGGAUGCAUCUGCUGCCCUUCAGGCCAUGGAUGGCCAGGAUCUUCAUGGUCGGACAGUACGAGUGAACUAUGCUACAGAAAGGUCACGUCCUGGGUUUGGUGGUGGAGGCGGCUAUGGUGGAGGUGGAGGUGGAGGCUAUGGUGGAGGUGGUGGAUAUGGCGGCGGCGGUGGUGGCGGAUAUGGUAGUGGUGGAUAUGGCGGCGGCAGCUAUGGUGGUAGUACUUAUGGUCGUAACGAUAAUAGCAACAGUGGAAGCUAUGGAAGUGGUGGUUAUGGUGCCCCGGGAAGCUAUGGUGGUAGCAAUGUCGAGACUAGUUACGCUGCCCCUGUUGAACACGGAAGCAACUCUAAUUUGGGGUAUGAUGGUCAACUUGGUAGCCACCAAGAUGGCGGUGAAUUCGUUGAACCACGUGAAAACAACCCUGAUGAACCUAAUGAUUACAUAGAGACCGGGAGGAGGUGA